GCGAAGGAGAGAGAGAGAGAGACGGAGAAGAGUUAGUGAAGCUGGGUCGCCCGUAAAGCCAGGACGAGACCUCAGAGAGCACCACGAGCGUAUUUUUUUUUGUAUUUCUCGCCACAACUCGGCGGCCUACCGACUCCCCCCCCUCCCCUUCCCUCUGUUUUUACCUCCGGUCCGUUCACAUCGCCUGGAUUUCAUCAUCCGACCUGCAAGAUGGGAAAUGAAGCCAGUUACCCUCUGGAGAUGUGCUCGCAUUUCGAUGCUGAUGAGAUUAAGAGGCUAGGGAAGAGGUUUAAGAAACUCGACCUAGAUAACUCUGGCUCGCUCAGCGUGGAAGAGUUCAUGUCGCUGCCGGAGCUCCAACAGAACCCGCUGGUGCAGAGGGUUAUCGACAUAUUUGACACGGACGGGAACGGAGAGGUGGACUUUAAAGAAUUCAUCGAGGGAGUCUCACAGUUUAGCGUCAAGGGGGACAAGGAACAGAAGCUUCGAUUUGCUUUCAGGAUCUACGACAUGGACAAGGACGGCUACAUCUCCAACGGCGAGCUCUUCCAGGUGCUGAAGAUGAUGGUAGGAAACAACCUGAAGGACACACAGCUCCAGCAGAUCGUGGACAAGACCAUUAUCAACGCAGACAAGGACGGAGACGGCAGGAUAUCCUUCGAAGAGUUCUGCGCAGUGGUCGGUGGUCUCGAUAUACACAAAAAGAUGGUGGUGGACGUGUGAGCGCUCUUCCGCUCGCAGACUCCACCCUUUUCCUCCUCAACACUCGCUUUCUCCACCAUCUCUGAAGAUCUGCUCAAGACGUCCGGCAAAACGCUCUCUGUGUAACUCAAUGGAAGUAUUCUCUCUCUCUCUCUCUCUCUUCAUCUCUCUUUCUCUCUCUCUCUCUCUCUGUGAAGCCACUUAUUCUUUCAAAAAACCACGGGCCUCGUGAAGCCAACUUUGAAGUGUUAUUGAACUGUAAAUUCUCUCACUAACCCGGUCAUAGCACUUUAAGAGACUGAAGGACAUCUGUUUGUCAUUUGCAAGAGCAUCUCCGAUUUUGGAUGAGGGGGGAGAAAGGGGGCGCAGUGAAGAGGCUGGUUGGCUUGUCCAUAUUUCAUCCUUUUUUUUUUUUUUUUUUUGUUAAUUGUUAUUUUUGAUAUUUAUUUUUUGUUCUUGUCUUUUAUAAAGAAGAAAAAAAUACAAGUAUAUCUAUGGUUGUCUCGUGAGGGGAAGUGUGUAGUAUUUCAACACUUGACUUACAGUACAACAUGAACGUAGGGUAUGAAGUGCCAACCAGAACAUAUCCAGAAACCAGUCCAAGUUAUUACCCAUCACCGCCGCUGUCAGUCGUGCCGGACAAACUGGCUCGCGACACUUCCAACUGCGAGUCGUAGUAGGUGCAAAACUAAAUUUCAGAUUUUCUGACUUUUUAUCCUCCGUUUUAGCAGUUUGGAUUAGACCAGAAAAGCUUCCAGUCACUCUUAGCAAAGCAGUUCAUGUUUUUCUUUUGUGAUAAGAUCGCUAGUUUUAUUCCUACUGAAGAAUGUGUUUAUAUUGUUGGAGAUUACUCUUGUUUCCUGUCAUGAAAUUAUAGGUAGACGAAUUAAUGCCAAGAAAAUGUCUUUCCAAAAUAAUUUGUGGCUGCAAACUGAUCCAUGGUUUACUCUUGGUGAGGCAUUUCGCGUCUAACGGCGUGCAUCCUUCAGACAAUCUGCAAUGCAAAGAACAGCUCUGCGCUCACACUCACGAAUAGACUGAAUCCAUUAGACUUUCAUUUAAUGUUAAGAACCAAGGCUGGACGGGCUUGGCAAAGAACUGAGAGUAAUAGUUUGAGAGUGAAUUAUGAUGAGAUUAUACAGUUUGUGUGAGUGUAUAGCAAUUUAAGAGACUUAUCUGCAGGCAGCGUUUUGUUUUUUUAAACCAAUAUGUGUAUAUUAGGUAAUCAAUGUGUGCUCAUCUUCUUUAACAGCAAGAGGAGAAGGCUUUGCUUUCCAUGAGCCCUUCUGAAUACUUACCUUCAGUACAGCACAGGACGGGUCAGACUUUGCUUUAACACAACAUGAACACUUAAAAUCUUAACACGUUGGCAUGAUCAGUGUGAAAUGGGAUAGACUGCAUACUGUAGGGUUUUUUUUUUCUUUUUGGAAAGUGUACAUUUCAAAAGUUGGCUUCUUCUCCCACUUCUUUUUUUUUCUGUCACAAUCACCUCAUUUUCUCCCCCCUCCAACCCACUAAUUCGAACAGGGAGAAAAACAUCGAUUCAAUCAGAUGUUAAUUUGGAAGGGAAAAUUGCUUCCGACUAUAAACCGCACCAGGAUAGCUUUUUGUUUUGCUUUGGAGGCCGACUGCUGGUUUGAACAGGAGUUUUCAGUCAGAGAUGUGAAUCUGGAGUGCUCUGUCGUCCUUUAUCCCAAAGCUCUGCACGGCUUGGGCCUCCCUGUGCUUGCAUGACAUGGAAAUAUAUUUUUUGUUGUGCAUGUAGAUCAUUUUUUUGAAAUAAUCCUCUUGUUUACACAUGGAUGGUGAUGUUAAUAUAUUUAAGAAUUUAAUGGUAUACAAUAUGGAUGUUGCCAAACUUUGGUAAAUGUACACAUAUUAUGAGAGGUAAUCCAAAUGAACUGAACUACAUGUAACUUUUUGUAUUUUACCCGGGUCAGCGAGAUGCUUCUAUUCCAGUAAAAGUUGCAUAUCUGAUCCUGUCUCAAACUGCCACACACUGUACUCAGCUUAAAGGGGAAAAUUUGAUGUUUUGUUUUUUUUUCUUUCUUUUGUAUAUAAGUAUUUGUUAAAUGCAGUUUUGGCUCUCUGUUCUCUGUAUAGUUCAGACCGCGCUUUAGUUUGUAAGUGCUACUUUUUCUCUGAGGGAUUUGGGUUCUUUUUAGUUCGUGUGGGGAUAUGAGAAGAUUUAAGUUUGAGAACCUUUUUUUUUUUCCUUUUUUCUGCAUGCUGCAUCUUAUGCUGUGGGACUGUUGGAAACUUGAUACUGUAUGAAAAUUAAAUAAAAUUUAAAUAAACUUUGAAAUGUUGAAAGUAA